AUGUGUUCAAUCCCUGGGCUCCCAACACCAGGUUCAAACGUUUCAGUUCUCAUAACAAGGGUGAACUGCAAUCCCCAAUGUGAUAUUGUGGAGCUAUGGGGCAAUUUUGAUCAAGAGAGAAAAAUUGCCUAUCAACGCCUGCGAAAAGACAUUCAGUUUCCCAGAGAAACCUUUCGUGAGUUGGAGGGAAAUCCUGGAGAUGUGUGCUUGGUUCAGAUAUAUGAAACUUGGUAUAGGGUACGCAUAGUCUCAAGAAAUGGCUCAAGUUACAAUGUGUUCCUUAUUGACGAAGGGAGAAUGCUUGGUGUCACCACUAGCAUGUUGGCUUGGGGUCAGAAAGAGUUUUUCCACCUACCCCCUGAGGUAGAAUUCUGUGUUCUUUCCAGUGUGUUGCCUCUGUCACCUGAGAACAGGUGGUCUCCAGUGGCCUUAGAAUUUCUGAAAUCCCUCUGCGGAAAGACGGUUGAUGCAUGUGUCCAGGACAUCUUGGUGCCCCAUAGAACCUUCCUCCUGGAUGUUCCCUGCGUAUCUAGACAGAUGCACGAAAUGGGGUUUGCUAAGAAGCUGAGCACCGAUAAGUUCAAGCUCUACGUUUCAAAGUCAUUGCAGAGUGGGGCUUCAAACUCUACAGAAUAUCCACAGAAGUCCUCCACGAGAAAUGACCCACUAGAGACCCGUGAGCAAAUUGAGAAGCAGCAGAACUACAUGUAUCCAGAGCUGCAAACGGAAACCGUAGAGACGGUCAUUGUCACGGAGGUAACCAACCCACUGCGCGUCUUCUGUCAGUUGAAGGUGUUUUCUCAAGAGUUGAAGAAACUAACGGAGCAGAUUACACAACACUAUGAAGGCCGAGUGGAAAUGGGCAUCACCAGACCCGAAACGUUGGGUUCCCCAUGUGCCUCAAGAGCAAGUGACGGAAGGUGGUAUCGGUCUAUGUUACAACAGGUCUUUCCAGCAAAUAAUGUGGUUGAAGUGCUCCAUGUCGACUAUGGGAAGAAACAGUUUGUCCAAGCGGAGAACAUCAGACCACUGGCCACAGAGUUCUUCAGAAUGCCUGUUGUCACAUAUGUCUGCUCCCUCCACGGCGUCAUCGACAAAGGCGUUGGAUGGACGGCUGCCCAGAUUGAAUAUCUGAAAUCCCUACUUCUGAACAGGACUGUGAUCGCCAAGUUCGAGUACCAGAGUCUGUCAGAGGGAGUCCACUACAUAACACUCUAUGGGAAUGAAAACGCAAACAUCAACAAACUGUUUGGCACAAAGGAGAGAUGUUUGCUGGACUCUGAGAAGUCGCAUGAGAAGUUGCAUGGAGAUUAUGCUGUUCGCAACAACUGUGCAAGUCCUCCACAUCCAGAUGGAAUCAAAUUUCAGGAAACUGCACCACCAAGCUCUGGUGAUCCCAAGGAAAUUAAGGCUAAAUAUCCUGCCGAAGAUCUCCCUCUGAAUUCUUCACACGUGGCAGUUGUACAACAUGUGGAGAACCCUUCAGAAUUCUGGAUUCACACACAGAUGUAUGCAGAUGCAUUUAAUCAAAUGAUGAGUGAUCUUGCUGAUUUGUACAGCAACCCAGUCAGUGCGGGAGUUGUCAAAUGUCCAAAGGUUGGCCUUUAUUGUGCUGCCAGAUCACAAGACAACUCUUUUUACAGGGCGACUGUGUCUGAAGUCACUGGGAACAAGGCCAGGGUCUUCUUUUUUGACUAUGGAAACACAGAGAUGAUUGACUGGUUCAAUCUAGGAGUCCUUCCUGACAAGUUUAAAGAGUUGCCAGCACUUGCACUGAAGUGUAGGCUGGCCGGUAUUAGACCAAAAGAGGAGAAAUGGAGCCGAAAUGCUACAGACUUCUUCACAAAAUCAAUCGCAGACAAGAUCCUGGAUGUACACGUAACUGCAAAGUCUCAUGGUGCUUACAUUGUUCAACUGAUGGACUCAUCUGCACAUGGAGAGCGAGAUGUCAGUAAGCUGCUUUGCAGUGCUGGCUUUGCAGAGAAGGGCGACACAAGUAAGACACCUCACAAGGCCUCUUCAAGGCCUAUCAUCGCCCCCACAACACAGAACCCACGUGCCAUUCCUUAUGAUGUGUUCAAGGCAAGUGUUGGCCCUCAAGGAUUGUCCACCAGCGAUUCCACUGUCAAAGAGUCCAGAACUGCCUUCAAGGAAUACCUGUUUCCAAUAGGAAGUUCAGUUGAAGUCACGGUGUCUUACAUUGAGAGUCCAAAUGACUUUUGGUGCCACCUAGCACAAAAUUCUAAUCAUCUAAAAUGGCUCAUGCAAGACAUACAGCAGCACUAUGCUGACACCGAGUUUGCGCAACCUGUAGAACCUGCCUGUGUUGCCCGCCAUCCAGACAACGGAAUGUGGUACAGAGCCCUGGUCAUUCAGAAGCAUGCAACACUGCACGUUGAUGUGCUGUUCAUAGACUAUGGUCAGACAAAGACAGUCUCCCUGCAAGACUUGCGCCGCAUAGAUCCCAACUUCGUGCAACUUAAAGGUCAAGCUUUUCGUUGCAGCUUGUACAACCUUAUCCUCCCUACUUCUCACACCACUGAAUGGCCUGAAGAUGCCAUUAGACAGUUCCAGGACUUUGUGGACACCGCAGCAUCCGACCACAGGGUCUUGAAGUGCACCAUAUAUGCUGUCAUGUACAAUGCCCAGAAAGUGGUAUUCAAUGUGGUGGAUCUGGAAACACCCUUUCAGAGUGUCUGCAACUUGAUGGUUCAGAAAGGACUGGCAAACCGUGCACCAGCCAAAAAAGUCCCUUCCUCCCCUUUCCGGUUGGACACCUACUACUACUCCACUCACAACAUCAAAACGGGGAGUGAAGAAGAGGUCAGUGUGACAAGUGUGAAAAAUGUCAAUCACUUCUACUGCCAGCUGAAAAGGAAUGCAGAUACAGUUGAAGGACUUGCAGAGACCAUCAACACGCUUUGUCGCCAGUUGGAGAUCACCAACUGUCCCCAAACUUUUGGAACUGUGUGCUUUGCGAAAUACACAGACGGAGAGUGGUACAGAGGGCAGAUCAAGUCUAGAAAUCCAACAAUCCUGGUGCACUUUGUGGAUUAUGGCGACACAUUGGAAGUAAAAAAAUCAGAUCUGCUUCCCAUUCCCAUUGAGGCCAGUGAGAUCAUGUCUGUGCCUGUACAAGCUGUCCAGUGUGGGCUUUCUGAUAUCCCCGGAGAGGUUACAAAUGAGGUGAACGGCUGGUUUGAGACCAGUAUGACUGACCGGAACUUCAGGGCUCUUGUGGUGGCAAAAGAACCUGGGGGCAAGUUGCUGGUGGAGCUCUAUGACAGGAAAAUGCAAGUGAAUGCAAAGAUAAAGGAGAAGUUCAACCUUGACAUGCACAGAGAAGAGCAAGUAGUACACCGGAGCAGGAGACCACAUGAUGGAACCAGCGGCCACACAUCAGCUCUUGAAGCCAAACCUCGGUCUACAACUAAAGAGAUGCUACAAAAAACAGACGAGGACACCCAAAAGUUUGAGAAAUUCCCUCGAGCACCUUACAGGACAUAUCAAAAACGGGUACCUUUGAGGGGACCUAAUGAGCGAGUUUGUUCAGAGGCCAGGAAACAACCAGAAAAACCAAUUCCUCAGGCGGAAACGAAAGGCCCACAAGCGCCAAAGCCAUCCCUCAGUGAACCACAAAGGGAGAUUGUGGUUCCCAAAGCAAAGGUGAAAGAUCUUCCAAAACUCUCAGACCUGCCCUCAAAAUCCAUAAAUCCAGGCAUGGUAGCCGAUGUCUUUGUCUCACAUUGCAAUAGUCCACAGAGUUUCUUUGUACAGUUGAUCAAGGAGGAAGAUGACAUUUAUUCCAUUGUGGAAAAACUCAAUGAUGAACAGUCAACUGCUGCAACCAUUCACACUAAGGACUUGAGUCAAGGAGACUUGGUCAAUGCAGAGUUUCCAGAUGAUUCGUCAUGGUACCGUGCAGUUGUAAGUGAAAUACUGGGAAACGAAACAGCUCUUGUUGAGUUCAUAGACUUUGGAAAUACAGCAACGGUUUCAGUCUCCAAGAUAUGUCAACUCGACAAACACUUCCUUGAAAUUCCCAGGUUCAGUAUUCACUGCUUCCUAAGUGGAGUGACAGCUGUCGGAAACCAAGCAGAACUGAAUCCGGAAGUUGUGUCUAACUUCAAAGAGAAAGUUGGUUUAAACGGUAACAAACGGUUAGGGUGCAUGUUCAUGAAACAGUCUGGAUCUUUUUGGGAGGUUGGCCUAGUGCACGGCAGCAAAGCAAUCACAUGCAAUAUAUCUCCCAGCAGCCCAACAGCCUCGUCUGAUGUGAUACCUGAGACAUCAGAAGGCUCCAACCAAGAGGCAGAAGAGCCCCAACAAAGCCCUUCUGCUAGAAGUGUGCCACCAGAGAUGAGCACUUUGGUUGACGUUAAGAUUGCUCGUUAUAGGAAGCCUGACAUUUCAGAGGGACAGACCGUAGAAGUCUAUGCCUCUACUAUAAAUGGACCUCGGUCCUUUUGGUGUCAAUCUGCUGAAUCGGACAAACUUGAUAAGAUCACUGAAGUUGUUGCAGACGCUGGUAAUGCUGUGGCAUCUACGUUAAUUGACACUGAAACCCUGUGCACUGGAAGCCCUUGCAUUGCUCUAUUUGUGGACGAUGGACAGUGGUACCGUGCAGAGGUCCUAAGGAAAGAUGGAGAUGCCUUAUCCAUUCUCUUUGUGGACUAUGGAAAUGAGUCUACAGUCAAUCUGAAAGAUGUGAGGCCAAUGCCAACUGUGCUCAUUGACACUCCCCCACAGGCGUUCCAGUGUCAGCUUGAAGGGUUUGAUUAUUCACAAGGAUCCUGGCAUGACACUGCUGCUGACCAGUUAUCAGAACUCAUAAAAGACAAGCUUCUACACCUGACAGUUCUGAGAGUAUCCAGUCAAAAGCGGGGUGGGAUCACAUGUUUCCUCAAGGUGAAAUGCAAGGAAGAAAUGAUAAAUGACACUAUGAAGCUGUACUGGAAGAGCUCUGAUGACAAAGAAACGUCUGAAGACGAAGACAAGUCCGAUCCUACAGGAGUUGCAAUGUCAGGUGACAUGCCUUCAUUGGUAGGUGAAUUUAAGUUGGUUGAGGAAGAGGCAGCAGUGCCCAACUCAAGUCCCGAAGAGCCAUAUGAAAACGUCAGAGAGCACGACACAGACUAUGCUUUGGCCCAUAGUGAAACUCAUGAGUUAGUGGAUGAGGACAAAUGCACAGACAUUUCUGAUGAGCAACAGGACAACUCAGUACUCACCCAAGCAACAGAUGAAGGUCAUGCAGAGGAUGUGGAUCUGAUAAGUUUCCAAGUAGAUGCAGACUGUUUUGAUCACCUUGGCAACACAGAGUUAAUUGACGAUGACAAAGAGGAAGAAAAACAGAAAUACACAAAUGAGAUCCAAGAAUCCAUGACUGCCAUACAGGGUCUGAGUGCAACGACACCCAACGAAGGGAAAGAGACUAAGUCCAUUCCCAUCAUCAUCAUCUGUGAGGAACCCAGUGACGCAGGACUCGAAUGUGCCUCAGAGAGUGGAGAUUCAUGUGAGGCUCAAGUGGCAACUUCCCAAGGGAACAAAGACAUCUUGGUUUCAAGGACUAAAAAGGACACAUUGGAAGUAGACAAAGAUGAAAGUGGGAGUGUAUCAGUACUGGAAAAAGCCUUCAGUCUGGAUGACUCAGAGUCACGUCUGUACUUCGACGAACACUUUGACCAGACUUCUCUUUCAAACAUCGACCAAGGUCAAGACGACAUCUAUGAGGAAGUUUUCAAACUGUGUGCUGAGCCUGUCAUCGAGAGUGCAAAGUCAGAACAUGCUGUCACAGAGGAGUCAGAAACCAAAGAUGAGGAACUGGAUACCUUGGCUUUGGAGUUGGAGACCAAAAAAGAGGAAUCUGGAAUCAGAGAUGAGGAUGUCAACAUCUCUGCUGUUGUACCUGAAUCUGAGUUUGGUAAACUUCAGAGAGUUGAGCCGACUGUUCCAGUUGGGUCAUCAUCCUGUGUCGUUUGGUCCUCUGCUAAGAAGAGUUGGUGUAAAGCAAAGAUUUUGAAGAUCUUUGAGGACUCCAUAAAGGUUCUGCUGCUGGAUCACGACACUGAAAUGAUAGUAGACCCACACAAUAUAUUUGAGCCGUUGUCUUCAGAAACAGAAGAGAACACAGUGACAUGA